UCGCGCCGUGUGGCUCUCCGCAGGCACCGCCCCGCGCCCUUUGAACCCCCCCCCCACACGCGCAUGCGCGGCGCAUGCGUGGCCCGGGGUGUCGGGGCGUUGCUGGGAAACAUCUGCCGAUGGUUGCGGCGGGCACCGGCCGACAUGGCGGCGUCGGUGGCGGCUGCGCUGGCGCGGCUUUUGGCGGUCUUUCUGCUCCUCGCGGCCCAGGUGGCCUGUGAGUACGGCAUGGUGCACGUGGUCUCCCAGGCUGGGGGCCCCGAAGGCAAAGACUACUGCAUCCUCUACAACCCACAGUGGGCCCAUCUGCCGCACGACCUCAGCAAGGCAUCUUUCCUGCAGCUGCGCAACUGGACGGCCUCCCUGCUCUGCUCUGCGUCCGACCUGCCCACCCGUGGCUUCAGCAACCAGAUCCCGCUGGUGGCGCGGGGGAACUGCACCUUCUAUGAGAAAGUGAGGCUGGCCCAGGGCAGCGGAGCACGCGGGCUGCUCAUCGUCAGCAGGGAGAGGCUGGUCCCCCCGGGAGGUAAUAAGACGCAAUAUGAUGAGAUUGGCAUUCCCGUGGCCCUGCUCAGCUACAAAGACAUGCUGGACAUCUUCAGGCGUUUCGGCCGUGCGGUGAGGGUGGCGCUGUAUGCGCCUAAGGAGCCGGUGCUGGACUACAACAUGGUCAUCAUCUUCACCAUGGCCGUGGGCACCGUCGCCAUCGGCGGCUACUGGGCCGGGAGUCGGGACGUGAAGAAAAGGUACAUGAAGCACAAGCGCGACGACGGGCCCGAGAAGCAGGAGGACGAGGCAGUGGACGUGACGCCGGUGAUGACGUGCGUGUUCGUGGUGAUGUGCUGCUCCAUGCUGGUGCUGCUCUACUACUUCUACGACCUCCUCGUGUAUGUGGUCAUCGGGAUCUUCUGCCUGGCUUCCGCCACCGGUCUCUACAGCUGCCUGGCACCCUGCGUGCGGCGGCUGCCCUUCGGCAAGUGCAGGAUCCCCAACAACAGCCUGCCCUACUUCCACAAGCGCCCGCAGGCCCGGAUGCUGCUCCUGGCGCUCUUCUGCGUGGCCGUCAGCGUGGUGUGGGGCGUCUUCCGCAAUGAGGACCAAUGGGCCUGGGUCCUCCAGGAUGCCCUGGGCAUCGCCUUCUGCCUGUACAUGCUGAAGACCAUCCGUCUGCCCACCUUCAAGGCCUGCACACUGCUGCUGCUGGUGCUGUUCCUCUACGACAUCUUCUUCGUGUUCAUCACGCCCUUCCUGACCAAGAGUGGGAGCAGCAUCAUGGUGGAGGUGGCCACUGGGCCCUCGGACUCGGCCACCCGUGAGAAGCUGCCCAUGGUCCUGAAGGUGCCCAGGCUGAACUCCUCACCUCUGGCUCUGUGUGACCGGCCCUUCUCCCUCUUGGGUUUCGGAGACAUUUUGGUGCCAGGGCUGCUGGUGGCCUACUGCCACAGGUUUGACAUCCAGGUACAGUCCUCCAGGGUAUACUUCGUGGCCUGCACCAUCGCCUAUGGCGUUGGCCUCCUUGUGACAUUCGUGGCGCUGGCCCUGAUGCAGCGUGGCCAGCCCGCUCUCCUCUACCUGGUGCCCUGCACGCUGGUGACGAGCUGCGCCGUGGCGCUCUGGCGCCGGGAGCUGGGCGUGUUCUGGACGGGCAGCGGCUUUGCGGUGAAUACCAGUUUGCUCUGACUGUGAGAAAUACUCGCCUAGUGAGCCCUAACUAGACUUAAAAAAGUCCUACCUCCAUCUCCGUGGGCCCCAGCGCCAGCCGACGGCCCCCAGCUUCCCAAAGACUCUGCCACGCCGCCCUCCCCGCAGCCGCCCAGCGAAGAACCAGCCGCGUCCCCCUGGCCUGCUGAGCAGUCCCCAAAAUCAUGCACGUCCGAGGAGAUGGGGGCUGGAGCCCACAUGCGGGAGCCUGGGAGCCCAGCUGAACCCGAGGGCCAGGACCAGGCCCAGCCGUCCCCGGUAACCCAGCCUGGCGCCUCGGCCUAGGGGAGGGGUGAGACGCUCGCUGCCGUGCCCGCCACACCAAGAUGUUGGGGCUGCCUGGUGCCCACUGGAGACAGACAGAGAGACGCCUGUCCCCUGGGACUGAGGCCUGUGCUGUCUCCACCCGCCCCAACAUGGUGCUCAUCCUUGCCGAGACCCCUGCGGUCCGUGCCCGCGCCCAGCCCCGCUGCCCCGGCUGCACGCCUGCUGCUCCAAGCUCGCCCGGCUGCCACAAGCUCUCUGCGGGUCCGUGCUCCCCACUGGGGUGCGUCCUCGCGGCCCUGCCUGGCCUCUCUGCAGACCCUCAAGCGUCGUCUGCAUGAGUGAGCAGGCGUGGGUGGACUCUGGCCGCGGCCACACUUGGUGCUCACCAGCUGCUUCGUCCUUCAGGUGACCUCCUUCCCCACAGUGUCCUGUUCUCCGGGCGGAAGAGCAGCUUUCUGUCUCCCAGAAGGCAUCGCUUCUCCCUCUUGAGCAGAUCGGAGCCCCUGGGAGGUUUGGAAGCUGCCUCCAAGCCUAGGACACGAACUGGCGGCCGGGGCGGCCUCUGGACCCUGACGCUGGCUGAGACAGGCCUGUGGGGCAGGGUUUCGGGGCGUGAACGAGGCUGGCAGUGAGUGGACAAGCUGCUUCCCUGGCUAAGGCCCUGCCCUGCUCUCAGCCAGAGGUGCCUGGCCGUGCCUGCACACUCCUCCCCGUUUUAAUAAAUGGUCGCAACUUCUAGAAGUCCUGCUGGUGCCACCUGGUGGGGUGGACGUCUCUCAGACUGCCCUUCUGACAAGCAGGGGUGGGUGCCAGGCAGGCUGAGUCAGGCCCUCAGGGGUCCCUGGAGCCCUGGGAGGGAGGGACUGGGUCGUGGGAGGUCCCGGUAGCUCCCGGCACCCGACCUCGCUUCCCGUGUGGGCCCUGUGUUGCUUUUCCACUGAGAGGGGCUUGGGCCUCAGUUCUCCCUGUGGCAGCGGCAUUGAUGUGUGGGUUCUUAACCCUCUGGACCCAGCAGCUAGGAGCUUCUGGAACCCACGAGGACAUCUGCCACUGGCGUGGUCUACUCACGGAUGGGGUCCUCCUGACUCCAGGGCAGAGACAUCCGUGUGGGAACUGACCGAGGCGUGGCCCCAGGCCCGGGCAUCCUCCCCUCGCUGCACAUGGUCACUUCCGAAGCAGCGCUCCCUGUGGCCGCAGAGACAGAGCCUGCACCCUGGCUGUCUGUGGUGCCAGGGCCCCGGCUCCUGCCCGCCACCCGCCCUGUCCACGCAGCCUCUAGACUCGAGUCCAGAAUCUGUUUCUGUCAAGUCAGUCGUCCCCAGCUGCACACGGGGACUGCUGAGCGCUGCGCUCUCAUGGGUCUGUUCCAGACAGAGGGUGGCAGGGGUGAGCCCUGAUCCCUUCCAAAAAAUACCAGCUUCCGAGGGAGUAAUGGCGCCUUCACUGAAGCCAUUUUGUACAUGGGGAUGGGGUGGGGACGUCUCUUUUUUGGUGUUGGACGUUUGACCAGUGGGGAGGGGUUCAGAGGCGGCGGUCCUGUCCUUGGCUCCGUCUGUCUGUGUGGCCUUGCGGCCCUUCAGUCUGAUCAUUAAACACAGCUUUUGAUACA